UCCAGUGACAACUCUAUUACGCGUGAGGACUUGCGAAACCAAGUUGAAAAAUUGAAGGUGAAAUUGAAUGAUGAAGAAGAGGAUGACUACUAUACCUUGCUUGCAGCCAUGGAUUCUUCCAUCAAAAAGGUGUUGGAUAUGGAUGAUUUUUAUCUACCCACAGACUAUGAGCGUUUUCCCAGAAAAAAUAUUCAUAGACCAGUAGGUGUAGAUAACGAAGCUAAUGCUUGGGCCUAUAGGGUCGAAAUAGAAGAUACUAAGCCCGAAAUGUCGAAAAGCAGACCACUUGCUGGUCGUACAAUCACCUUUAAAGAUUGCGUAGAAGUUGGUAAGGUUCCGCAAAUUGGAGGUACCGAUUCAUGGAAGCCAUGGACACCUGAAGCUGAUGCUACAGUUGUCACCCGAGCCUUAGAGGCUGGUGCAAAGCUUGUUGGAUUGGCUACCUGUGAAAACCAGUGUUCUUCUACCUCUUCUAGUACUUCUUCUACUGGUGAUGUUCCCAACCCAUACGGUAAGUCCCAUUCAGCUGGUGGUAGCAGUUCUGGGUGUGGUUAUUUGGUGGGUACUGGCGAAGUUGACCUUGCAGUGGGUGCUGAUCAAGGUGGUUCUAUCAGAGUGCCAAGUUGUCAAUGUGGUAUAGUUGGCUUGAAACCAACUUUCGGUCUUAUUCCUUACUCUGGCAUUGGAAGUAACGAGUUUAACAAUGAUCACGCUGGUCCAAUGACAAAAGAUGUACUCGACAAUGCUCUUCUUCUUGGUGUUCUUGCCGGCGUUGAUGGCUUUGAUGACCGACAAAUGGGUGCUCCUCUCUACAAAGAUGUUCCAGAUUACACGAAGUUAGUCAAGGAAAGCUCCGUCAAAGGUAUGAAAAUCGGCAUCUUGAAGGAGUCAUUGGAAGUUCCAGCCAUGACUGAAGCAAUGAAGGAAAAAUUUCUACAUCAGGCAAAGUUGUGGGAAGCUUUGGGAGCUGAAGUGGUUGAAGUAUCUAUCCCUUACCAUCACAUCGCUCCUGAAAUAUGGAUGACUGGUCAAAGAGUUGCUGGUGCAGUCAGAAAGUUAGGUAUGCAAUGUGGUAGACGUGUCGUGCAAUCUAGUAAAGCUAUUGACCACUGCUAUCCUUGGACUCAAGAAUCUUUCGAAAAGGCACCAGUCAAUGUCAAGAACGGGCUCAUCAACGGUUUGUAUCUCAUGGAAAAGCACCCAGGAAUCUACGUGAAAACUAUUAACCUCAGUUUCAAAGCUAGAGCUGAAUAUGAUAAAGCUCUUGAAACGGUUGAUGUGUUGAUCACACCAACUGUUCCCUUUGCUGCUCCACGCCAUGGUGACAGAAAAGCUAGUCCAAUAAAAAGGAUUAAAAAUACUAUUGGUCUAAACGCUAACACGGGUAUCUUUAACAUUACUGGACAUCCAGCUUUGACUUUCCCUAUGGGAUUCUUGGCUUCUCAAGAGGAUCCAGACAUGAAAUUCCCUGUUGGUAUACAAAUAAUCGGUAAGCAUUUUGACGAGCAAUCAGUAUAUGCUGCUGCAUAUGCAUGGGAACAAGCAUACAACUGGAAGGACUAUUAA